AUGACAGAGCAGCCCACGAAGGAAAUAUCAAUCAAGAUGCCUGAGAAUGAGAAACCUCUGGCUGCUAUCAUAGAAGGAAGGUGGUAUGCUGUCGGGAAAAGUGGCAGACCAACUAUGGAAUUAACCAGAACCCAGAAGAGGAGAGUUCAAAGGCAAUACUGCAUAUUCCUCAAGAACAAAAGUGAUGCACAGGUACCUCCGAAGACCACUUCUGACAGAAAAGGGAAAGAUCCGGAAAUACCUUCCCAGGCAGAACAAGUAAUCCAGCCACAGAAAAUGUUGAAAGCUGGAUCUCCAGUUAAGCCUCCUAUCCAUCUUGCUUCAUCCUCAGACAAUCAAUUUAAACCUUCACAGAUACAAGGAGAAUCUGAACCUAUUCUAAUAGAAGGGCAAGAAGACUGGAUUGAGGAAAAUGAAGAGGAGCAGCUAGAUUAUGAGCCAUCUGCAGAUGAAAUAUGA